AUGAAGUGGAAGAAAGAGAAGAAGGUGGAGGAGAAGAAGAUAUCUUAUCAUGAUCCGGAAAUACGUAGGAUUACCUCGUUUGAGCUGAUGUGGGAUUCAUCCAUCCAUGGUUUGAUGCAUCUCUUCUCUUCCUUGGAACAAGAUGAAUGGACUCCUUCUCUGAGAAACACGCGCUCUACACACAAUAGAACAUAAUAUAUGAACGAUUUAAUUGGUUACUGACAACAGAAACAAACGCACAUCAACCACAACUAAUAACCAAGAAAGUGAUAUACGUGUCAGUGAAUCAUUGUGUAGAAUAGUCCUUGGUGGUGUUAAUUGACAAUUUGCUAAAUCGCUCGUGGCAAUGUAGAUGCGCCGUUUUGUUGGGGAAGUGCGUUGAGAGGAGGUGGCGCCCUUCGUCAGAGUU